AGGUGAUCCGUGCCAAUACCUAGAGCUCGGAGGUCUAGGCUCCGGCAUCAAAGUCAUUCACAAGCUGAAGCGGUUCGUAUCUGAAAGGAAGCAAGAUUCUUACAGAAAGGUCGUCUGAAAGGUCGCUGGAGGUCUAGGAAUUAAAUGGAUUUUGUUGUAUUUACAUUCCCCACUCUGACCGGGAUUGGAAAAUUGCGGUGCCAUCGAACCAGUCUGUGAGAUUGAAUUGGUUGCGACUCCAGCACUGCAGCCAUGAUUCACAGUCUUUUCAUCAUCAACCACGGUGGAGAUGUGUUCCUGGAGAAGCACUGGAAGUCAGUCAUCCACCGGUCUGUGUGCGACUACUUCUUUGACGCGCAGAGCAGGGCGGACGACCCUGUGGAUGUGCCUCCAGUCAUCACCACACCUCAUCACUAUCUGAUUAGUGUGUAUCGAGCCGGACUCUACUUUGUCAGCGUGUGCACCUCGGAGAUGAUGCCACUCUUCGUCAUCGAGUUCCUCCACCGAGUGGUUGACACGUUCAAGGACUACUUCGGGGAUUGUACGGAGUCGCUCAUCAAAGAACAUUAUGUGGUGGUGUACGAACUACUGGACGAGAUGCUGGACAACGGCUUCCCACUGGCCACCGAGUCCAACAUCCUCCAGGAACUGAUCCGUCCGCCGAACGUGCUCAGAACGCUGGCUAAUACCGUGACGGGGCGCUCUAACGUCAGCGGCGUGCUACCGUCGGGUCAGCUGUCCAACGUGCCCUGGCGCCGGUCGGCCGUCAAGUACACCAACAAUGAGGCCUACUUUGAUGUGGUGGAGGAGGUGGAUGCCAUUAUUGAUCGCUCGGGCAGCACAGUGUUUGCCGAGAUCCAGGGCUACAUCGACUGCAGUGUCAAGCUGAGUGGCAUGCCCGACCUCACGAUGACCUUCAUCAAUCCGAGGCUGUUUGACGACUUUAGCUUCCACCCGUGUGUGCGCUUCAAGCGGUGGGAAUCGGAGCGACUGCUGUCAUUCAUACCACCUGAUGGUUCGUUCCGACUCAUGUCCUACCACAUCGGAACUCAGUCUGUGGUAGCAGUGCCUCUGUACGUGAGGCACAACAUCUCCUUCAAGACGGGUCCGGGCACGGGCAGGCUGGACCUCACGGUCGGGCCCAAACAGACCAUGGGGAGGACGGUAGAGAAUGUACUGCUGGAGAUCAACAUGCCAAAACAGGUGCUCAACUGCAUGCUGACGCCCUCCCAGGGCCGGGUGACGUUCGACCCGGUCUCCCGGCUGCUCAGCUGGACUGUCGGCCGGGUGGAACAAUCCAAACUGCCCAACCUGCGCGGCAGCCUGAGCCUGCAGACGGGCGCGCCGCCGCCCGACGCCAACCCCGCCAUCAAUUUACAAUUCACCAUCAGUCAGCUGGCUGUCUCGGGGGUCAAGGUCAACCGUCUGGAUAUGUACGGAGAGAAGUACAAACCCUUCAAAGGUGUCAAGUAUAUCACCCGGGCCGGAAGGUUCCAGGUCAGGACGUAGCCACGUCAGAAACUGAGGUGCUUUGGAUGAGGGUUCGGACAUGGUUUAUGGUUGGGUAGGCUCCCUGUGCCAGGCUGAAUCGGUUCAUUCCUGAAUUGAUUCAGAUCUGAACCAGUAUGUACUAUGUACUCGAGGUAGUCCGUGCGGUUCAGUCCUGAAUCAAAGCCUCCGUUGGUUGAUAUGGUUCACCUCUGAACCAUUCCAAGGGCUGAGCUGGUCGUUUUUCGCUUCUGAAUCUGAACCGAGGUUGGUCCGUUCGGUUUGGUUCCUUGUGUGGGUAAGAUUCACACCUGAACCAGUCCAUAUCUGACCGCAAUGGUUGCUGACUGUCUGACUCGGGCUUUGUUAUUUAACCGAGCGCCACCUACCGUCAACUAUCUGACCAACAUUGGCAUUGUGUUAGUCUGGGCCUCCCCUCUAUAAAGCGCGGUGUGAGAACGCCAUGCCGCCAUCUCACUAUCUCAGUGUGUGUGCGCCGGUGGUUGUCGGGCUGAGAGUUAGCCGCUAUGUGGAAAUGUGUUUUCUUAUGCGAAAGGUGGCUUCGGAGUUGAGAGCAUUUCGGCUGAGAUGCAGCAACAAGGUGGCUUCGCGGCGAAUGUCAAUUGUUACGCAGAUCGAGUGACGAAACGUAGAGUACGAUCUUAUGGGGCGAAGAGGUGGCAUCCGGCAACUGAAAACGAAAUAUGUAUAUCUUUGUAUUUAUGUGUGCUGAAGAGGCAGGGACGCUUCAUUCCUGUGUAAUAAUAUAUCUGAUGUAUUGGGACGA